UUCCGUACCGUAACCAUCAAGGGUGCUAAAUCGGGCAGUUUUAUUUCUUUAUUUGAAUCUCGACGUCGGGCGCACGCGCGAUAUAUAUGCGCACAAGCACACACGCACAUUCUUUUUCGUUGUUUUAAUAUAAUAUAGUACAAUCAGAGAGAUCGAAACGAUCGAUAAAAACAACAACAGAAGUUAUUGGUGUUUUGAAUCACGAGCAAAACGGACCAAUCGUGAUGAUAAACAAUAAAAAGAAAAUAUUUCUGUCCUAAAGAACGUGCGAAUGGAAUAAGAGGGAAAUAGUAGACGGAUAUACGUAUAUAAUAAGGAUCGAUCGCGUGCCAAUCGCGUCAAGGUUCUCGUGAACGCGUGGCCAUCAACUCGUUCGCGGUUUGUGCCGCGAGAAGAGGGAAAGACGUACCCGGAGAAAGAGCGAGAGAGUCAGAAGGGAAAAAAAUCCGGCAAGAUCUCGUAUUCUGCACAGCAUUGGGUGGGGGGAGAGACGUAAAGCCAGAAGAAAGAAUUGUGUGAAUAAAUUGAUUGUGACAUGACCUUGGUGAGAACGUUGACGAGAAACGACGAGAACGCAUUACCGAAAAUGUUGAGCGUACAGCAUCAAAAUCAUCAUCACCAUCAUCAUCACAGUCAUCACGCAAGCGGUGGUUUGCACAGUAACAUCAAUGUGAUAAGUCCACUAUCUGGCAACAACAGCCAGAGCAACCGCAGCAACGUAAUUGUGUCAACCGGUGGCCUUGCUUCCACCAACGACAUCAAAACGACGUUGCAUCAGCAACAACAUCAAAACCAACAACAACAACAACAUCAUCAACAAAACAAUUGCAAGAGAACGAAGAUGUACCAGUCAACGCCUUACGGUACUGUGCCCCAUCAACCGGCAUCAGUGGCACGAAGAAACGCUCGCGAGAGAAAUCGUGUAAAACAGGUAAAUAAUGGGUUCGCUACUUUAAGACAACACAUACCUCAAAGUGUGGCUCAAGCUCUGGGCGGCAAUACAGCGGGUACCCACGGUGGUUCGAGAGCUGGUAGCAAGAAACUGUCGAAAGUCGAGACCCUUAGAAUGGCAGUGGAAUACAUCAGGAGUCUUCAACGUUUGAUCGAUGAUCACGAUGGUACGGACGGAUCGAGUAUGAUCUCAUCAUCAUCACCGGCACUUUCAACCUGUGGUUCGGGUAGUGUUACGUCUUCGAGAACUUCAGACCUCCUUCACGGUGAUACGUUACAUCGUGAGGAUCUCCGAAACAAAACUUCGGACGAUUUACAUCACGGUAUGACGAACACGAACGGUAGGCAUUUGAGACAAAAUGGCAACAGUCCAACGUCCUUCGUUCCACCACCCUGUUCCGAAGCGUCGAGCUCGCCAACUCCGAGCUUCGUAUCUGAGGCUUCGUCAGCUGGUAGCCAGGGAUACGGGAGUACCUCAACCAACGGUCCACUCUAUACGACACACGGCGACAGUUACGAUAAUUACGAACCCAUGAGUCCCGAGGAUGAGGAACUCCUGGAUGUUAUCUCGUGGUGGCAGCAGAGCCAAUGAUAAUUCAGCCGGAAUACACAGAAACAAACUGGUCGACGGUGCCAACCGUCCGAAACUUGGGUCCUUCGCUAUUCUCAGGGAAAAACUACAAUCAUUCAACGCAUGAAAUGUUGUUGAGAAGCAAGCGAAUCAACUGAGUCCAGCGCUAAGAAAAAUUCAAUUUGACGACGAGAAAAAGAUUGACGGCGCUGACCCAUUUACUGUGAUCUAGUCAUAAAUACCCUUUUUUUGUCUGUCUAUUUCUGUAUGAAGAAAGACGAUGCGAUCGACGGGGUACUAAACGACUGUAUAGAAAUAUGUAUAAAUAUAUAUAGAUAUGAAAAAUUACCACGUUUUGCCAGAGAUCAUCAAAUAGGUGUACAGAAUAAAACGAGGUUCGAAUAUUUUUGAAUUCCAUUCAAUAAUUUCGUGAUCCAAAUGAAUCACUUUUGAGAAAGUCAUUUGAAACAGACGUUUUCAACAAAAAGAGACGGAAAACAUGUAAAUAGUUAUAUAUAUAUAUAUAUAUAUAUUAGUUGCGUUUAAGAUGGUCUACGUUGUUAAGAUUUAAAAAAAAACGAACAAGAAAAAGAUCGUGGGAAAAGAGUUAUAAUGCUACAAGUACGAGUAUCUUGGUAAUACAAUAAAUUCUAUAAUUGUUUCGACUCUAUUCUGAUAUGAAAUGUCUAAGGCUUUCCCACAUUUUCUGUCACACACUCUGAUCGAUCAUCAAGUUCGUACAUGUCUGUACGAAUAUUAUUCUCUCUAGUUCUUCUUUUUAAUGGUGAGACUGAGGGAAAGAAACAAAGCAAACUGAUUCGAAAAACUGGUAUCUUAUUACGUUUGAUACAUAAUUGAUAUCUAAAAUCUAAUAUUCCAGUGCCUUAAAAGCGAAACAGGAAUCAUGUACAUUAUUAUAUUGGGCAGAUAAA